CUGGUAAAAUGACGUUACGCAUUUAGUGUGUCGUUUGAAUCUAUAAAGAUGCGUUUCGUGAUCUUCCUAGUGAGCCUGGCUCUUUUGAUCCUUGUGAGUGCUGAUCCAAUUAGGAUUCUCAAGGAUGAUUUAAAUCAGUCUGCUGAAAAUACUGUGCUCCAGAUCAAUAGGAUUAUGGUUGAUUCAACACUCGCCACAGCCGCUUUGAUUGUGGAGUUUCGUUUGGCUGACCAAGCUGAAAUCGAAAAGUUUCAAAAUUUUACCCAUGAAUGGAAAUCCCGGGAUGUAGUUUUUGUACAGGAUAUCAUCCAACUCGACGAAUUCAGAAGACAAUUUUUUAAUCUCCUGCCUAAAGAAUCAAAAGAACAACGUAGAAGCCUUUUAAACCAAUAUACGGGAGGAACCUAUUCCCAAUUGCAGGACAAAGUUUAUGAAUACGUAGCAGAGCAAUACGAAUCAUUUAAGACCAAGGGCACCGAAAUGAUCCGUGUGGCCAAGGAAGCUGGAAAUACUGACAAAAACAUCGAUAUACUAUUCGAUAGGUUUGUUCAAGCAGAACGGUAUCACCGAGAGAGCGACUUUAAUAAUUUACUCUCUUAUCUCAAGAGAAUAUAGAAUGGAUUAAUAUAAUGCUUAUUCGUCAUAAUAUAAUAUUGUAAGACAUAAACAAAUCAGUUUUUUGUAUUCUCAUCUGUACUACAUAUUAUAUUUUAAUUAAAUGAAUUUGAGGUUUUUCACACACCA